GUUCUAUACGAAGUAACCAGAUACAUUUUACUACGCCAUGGCUCGUACAAAGCAAACUGCUCGCAAAUCUACCGGAGGUAAAGCUCCACGUAAACAACUCGCCACCAAGGCCGCACGUAAAAGUGCCCCCGCCACCGGAGGAGUGAAAAAGCCUCAUCGAUACAGGCCAGGAACUGUCGCUCUCCGUGAAAUCCGUCGUUACCAGAAGAGCACUGAACUUCUCAUCCGUAAACUACCUUUCCAACGUUUAGUACGUGAGAUUGCCCAGGAUUUCAAGACUGACUUGAGAUUCCAAAGCUCAGCUGUUAUGGCACUUCAGGAAGCCAGUGAAGCAUACUUAGUUGGCCUUUUUGAAGAUACCAACUUGUGUGCUAUCCACGCCAAACGAGUAACCAUUAUGCCUAAGGAUAUCCAACUUGCUCGUCGUAUUAGAGGAGAGAGAGCAUAAAUUGCUUCAUUAAUCAACGGCCCUUUUUAGGGCCUA